AUGUUUAGAAAGAAAAAGAGCAAGCGGGAGAGACCCGAAUUUCCUCACGACCUUAACGCUCUAGGCUAUAAGAUCGAUGAAGAGCAACUAUUAAGAACACUAAACGGCGAACCGUAUGUAUACGAACUAAAGGAUAGAGCAUAUAAUGAGGCUCUAUACGACAAAAUAGUCGAACUUGUGAGUGAAUACGUCGAAGAGCAACUGCGAUCAAAUUAUAACAUGGUCAAGAAGAUCCUUCCGAUCGGAACCUCAGAAGAUGCCAUACACACGAAAAUAUACGUCAGGUCGGAUCUGUGCUUUCAUACACUGAGCGCGCAAUCAAUAUGGGGUUUUCUGUCGUCGUUACCAACCCCAACGAAAUAUACUGGUAUAAGAAUAAACCAACGGCAAGCAAACAUCACAAAAGCUAAAACUCCUUAUGAGACGGUUCCAGAAAAUGAUUCGCCGGAGCUCCACGUUGAUUACGUAUUCCAGCAUUUUGUAAUCCCCUCAGCUGCCCAGAAUAUAUUCGUUGUUGCAAACAGUUAUGGAGCCUAUAGUUUUGUAGAGGUCAUACAGAGGCAUUUUGUAGAAUUAAAAGACAGGGUAAAAGCCGUAGACUUUACCGCGAGCACUCACUCGAUCGAUUCGGUCAAAUCAGAUAAAGUCAAGAAUUGGAUUCGAGAGCAUUGUCGAAACUGGGUUGUGUCUGAUAAACAACUCGGUGAAGAAGUGAUCGACCCGCGCUUUGGAUGCGUCAAUUACUCAGGCGGUGACGAUUUAAUAGAAUAUCUCCUCAAAACUUGCGAAUCCCAGACCUUCUCCUACAUCCACCAAAGACUUACGGUCCCUUCACCUUCAUCGGACAGUUACGUCGAACCCGAGGAACUCACAGAAGCGGAGCUGUUACGAGAAGCAGAAGCUAUAUUCCAACAUGGUGGAGUGGAGAUUAGGAGUUGGGCGAAUAUUGAGGAAGACGGUUGGGGUGAAGAACCUACAAUUCAAAACGGAGCAGGAUAUGGCUAA